AUCAUCAAUACACCAUGAAGAACCUCAUUGUGUCAUCGGUAAUAUUUUGGCUAGCCACAACCACAAAUGUGGACGCCUCUCGCAUAGUGGGCGGGCACUUCGCCGAGCCGAAUCAACUCCCCCACCAGGUUGGAUUGCUUCUUCGCGAGAAACUGCACUGCGGCGGAUCAGUGGUCGGAACAUAUUGGGUACUUACGGCGGCUCAUUGUCUGUUGGAGUACGGAAAACCGCAUCAGGUGCAAUCGUUGACGGUCGUAGCCGGAGUGUUGGACGUCAGUGAUUCUGGCGACAGUGGCCAGCGUUUGAUGGUGAAAAAACUAUGGCCGCACGAAGGCUUUGGGAAUGCAUUCAACGAUAUUGGAUUGGUCGAAACCGUGGAAAACUUUGUGUUUGGAGCUAAUGUUAAACCGAUCGCAUUGAGAAAAAGUUGGAUUCCGGACGGAACGGAUAUGGUGGUCUCGGGCUGGGGUAGGACCGAUGCAGGUGAACCCACCAGUAAGCGUUUGCAGUACACGAGGGUGAGAUCGAUUCCGUUGAAGGAGUGCACCGAUUGGGUUGGAAUCACGUACCACGGAAUUAUCUGCGCGGUUGCUAGUGAAGCUGGCCCUCAUGGGCCGUGUAACGGAGAUUCUGGUGGACCAGCUGUAGUUAACAAUGAACUGGUUGGAGUCGUCAAUUGGGUGCACGUCACUUGUGGAAACGAUCCCUCGGUUUUGCUAACGUCACAAACUUCGUGCAAUGGGUCGAAGAACAUGUGAAUCCUUGAUGGUGAAA